ACCCACCUGAACAACAGUACUCAACAGCAAAAUAUCUUGUACAUAUUUAUGUUCCAAAGUCCCAACCCAAUUUAUUAUAACAAACACAAAUAGUAUCAUCAAACACAUAAUAACAUGUCUGCCGCAGUGGCCGCAGCAGCCGCUUCCGCCGCAAUCUCCGGCUACCACAGCUCCUCUGGCGCCGACACCAGGAACCACCACCCGUUUACGCAACCAGAACACGGGCAACAAGUCUCCGUCCCUCUUAGCAGGUACGAGUCUCAAAAGAGGCGUGACUGGAACACGUUUGGGCAGUACCUGAAGAACCACCGUCCACCGUUAACACUGUCCCGGUGCAGCGGCGCGCACGUGCUGGAAUUCCUGCGGUACUUGGACCAGUUUGGGAAGACGAAGGUGCACAGCGACACGUGUGCGUACUUUGGGAACUCUCAGCCUCCGGGGCCAUGCCCGUGUCCGUUGAAGCAAGCUUGGGGAAGCCUUGAUGCACUGAUUGGGCGGCUGCGUGCGGCGUUUGAAGAAAACGGAGGAAACCCUGAGAUGAACCCUUUCGGUGCACGCGCCGUCAGGCUUUACCUCCGUGAAGUUCGGGAUGUGCAAGCCAAGGCUAGAGGUAUUGCUUAUGAGAAGAAGAAACGCAGAAAGAAUAGUAAUCAUAGCCAGAAUCAGAAUCAGAAUCAGAAUGGGUCGAUGAUGAUGAUGAUGGAAGAUAACAACAACAAUACUAAUAAUAACCAUGGUCAUUAUGUUCAUGAUGAUGUGAGUUCUAGUGGGGUGCAUCAUUCAUCAGGGUAUAAUAUUAAUGGUGGUGGUGGAGUUUUUCAUCACUUGUCAAGUUCGGAUGGGACAGCUCCUCCUCUUUCAUAUUUCUUAUCCUAGUUCAUUAGUUUUAGUGUACUGUGUGAAUUUGAACUUUGAAUGUUUGAUUAUUAAUGGAGAGAUUCAUGACUCAACAAAAACAUAUUGUAAUAAUCCAUGGUGAUAUGUAUCAUUUGUGAUGUCCUCGUCUACAAGAAUUUAUCAAA